CUUGUGUUUUUGAGCAGCAGGACGAUUUCAACGCGACUCUUCGAGUAAGCUCACAACACGGGGUCGCGUGUGAGGCACGCACCUAACUAGCUGGUAAAAUGGGGAAGAAUAAACAAAAGGGGAAAAAACAGAAGAACGUCUUUCAAGUGGCAAACAAGCAUUUGAAGAGCAAGAACAAAGCAAAACCCGUCACAACAACACUCAAACAUAUCAAUGUAGUGAAAAAGGAGAAGGUGGAGAGCCUAAAUCAAAUCUUCACAGAAGUCCAGAGGGAUGUUAAGAGCAUUUCAAAGUCAGUUGCCCCCGAAUCAAAGAAACAAACACAGGUUAUCAGAGAGCCACCGAAGGAAUCUGUAAAUGUUGACAAUGCCGCUCAACUCUUCUCUCAGCUAUAAUUGACCACGAAAAGCCAUGAACACAGACGAUGGACUGAAUGUGCUCUCAAAGCAUUUUGUCAUUUCUCAAAAUGUGGACUACAGAUGACAAGAAGAGACUGCUGCGAUGAUUUGGCAGUAAAGCCUUCUGUAAAUCAAAACCAGUGAUAGACCUAAACGCUGUCAACUGUUAUAUUGUUUCAGAUUAGAAAGCACAUUUUGUAUUUUAUUAAUAUCUCUUUAGGCUCUCCACAAUGAUUGUCUUUUGAUUGUCAGAAAAUGCUUAUGUUUGAGCAGAUGCAAACUGUACUGUCAUAUAUGGCUUGAGCAAUGAGUUAAAUGAAACAAAAAGUAUUAAUAUGUCACGGCUAAUCUAUUCAAUCUAUUCACUGAUUGAUUCUUUUAAAAACUCAUUGUGUGUGCCUUAUUUUCAUUUUUCAAUAAACUUUUGAAAAGAAUCCUCUACAUACAUUUCAUCUCAAAUUCAGGUCUUUGAAUUUAGUUUUCUUGGUAGUUCUAGGUUUCACCCCCUUUGGCAUGUUUUUGAUGUCUCUCGUUUAGCACAAAUGAAGUCACAGAGGAGAUCACUGUGAAAUGGAAAUGCUUGUCUCAGAGUUUUGGUACAUAUGGUUCUGAUAUAAAAUAUGACCUACCAAAGUUUGUGGUCCAGUGUGGAUGUUUUUAUUAAAAAUAAGAAUAUUU